GAUACUAAACAAGAAAACAAACCAAAGCUGCAAGUUCCCUAGGAAACUCCAAAGAUGGUCAAACCUUCAACAAAGAGACAUCUGUACUUUUGAACUGGAGUUUAAAACUCUGUAUAAAAGCAGAAGAACCACUUUGGACCUAAACUUUAUUGGCAGGUGUAACUUGUAAGCAGUCAUUUCAGAUUGAGUGAGGUGCCCCAUGUUGACCCAUGAACAUAAAUGGUCACAGCCAUGCGAUGCAUUUCUGUCCCGUGAGAUGUUUCAGAGACCACACAGGAUCCAUCAGAACAGCAGGCUCAAUGGCAUGGAACUCUAUAUUGAAACAAGGACUACAGCUCCAAGUCACAAACCAGAGAGGGGUCCCACCUCUUAAAACAUUUCCAAUACAUCAACAUGGAUCAUCUUCUCCAAACACUGGUGCCUAUAGCAACAGCAUGUUUCAGGGGAGGAUCCUUAAAGAUUCAAGAAACCUCUCAGAGAAAACCUCCAAGAAAUCAUUCACAGCCAAAAAAGCUCUGCUCAUAGCAUGUGGAGUGCGAUGUGUCCUGUCACCACGACCCUCCAACUGCUCCACAUCAUCACCCCAUAAAGAUGAAAAAGACAGACCUCAUUCCACUUCUGCAAGAGGGCAGAAAUGCAGUGACUCUUUUGAAACAGAGGGUGAACUGAAGGUAUGGGAAUCAUACACUGCAAUAAAAAGAACAGAAGACAGAAAGAGAGCGAGAAGCAGUAUACACAGACAGAGAGUCCCGCUGGACUCAACCCCCCGGCCUUCCACUGUCCCACUGGAGAAUCAGAUGGGACGCCGAGCACUAAGCACACCAGAAACUCCCAUGUGUAAGAUUUUCUGGAGAAGAAAAGAGGAACAAAAUGUCCUUCAAGAUGGACAUUUUACUGAAGACAGGCUAACCCCAUCACUUCAUCUCUACCUGCCUUCUUUAUACCAGCCACAGGAGCAGAGAGAAGACACAGCUGCAGGACAGGAUAAUAGCAGCACAGAGGUGCACGAGAACCAAGACAUCACAGAGGAACUCAGAGAGCAUGACGAGAGCCAAAAACAAGACAUCACCAUCAACAAAACUGAAGAUGACAGAAAAAAUGAUUUCACAGAUGUCACACGAAAUGAUAUUACAGAUACCUGGCUGAUUGACAUACAGAACCAUACUCCAGAGGAAACCUUUGAGAUUGAGGAAAGACGUCAACAAGAUGACAACAGACAAGAAAAUCAAUGUAACAUUGACAGAUCUUUUAAUACCAUAGAGGACAAGCAAGAAUAUGACAUCACAGAGAAGACUGAAGGCAUAUAUAGGAGGACCAAGUCGAAUAGAAGUUCUUACAAAGCGUGUGAUGCCAAAACACGUUAUCCGGCCACAGCUACAGCUCUAACGUUCCCGUCCACCCUGACCAACAGAAAUCCCUCUCCCCCUGUCAGCAUCCUGCCAUCGUUUUAUGGAACUUCAUUUGGCUAUCGCAUCAGAACGACAUCCGAGCCCUGCCGAUCCAAAACGAGGUCCGGGAAAGCCUGUGAUGACAACAGAUUUACGCGGCCGAUGAAUGAUAUGCGGCAUACCAUAGAAAUAAAGGGAAAUCCCUGCUCAUUAAAAACAAGGGCUAGAGCGCCAGUCAGCCCCCACCCCAAAAUAAUGAGCACUGACAGGGGGUCCCAGCCUCAUAAAAUGAAAACUACUAAGAAGUUUUUGUGGGGACCAGAGGGGCCACAAGGGACUAAGACAAUGUGAACAGGUGGAGAAGCCUGGAUUAAGUCUGAGAGCGAUGUGACGGCGCAGUUGUGUGUGGCCUUUCAUGCCUUUCCAAUACAGAAAAUCUGCUUUGCGAAAAGCUGUUUGAUUGAAUCAAAGCAGUUCAGACUGGCAUGUUAGACCACUUUGGGUUUAAUAAACUCAAAUGUCUUAUGGCUUUGAGAAGAAUGGCUUUGGCAUGGCUGCAAUGUUCUCUCCUUUAGUUUAGUCCAGCCAAGAGGAGUGAUAGACUUUUUCGGUUUUCUGACACCCAUCUGGUCUUUCUCAGUGAAUGGUGCUUCAGCUGUAUUGACAUCGGUUAUUGUGAUUCAUUGAAAUUUAAAUCCCUUCAGGUUUUGGUGGUUUUUAUUUCUCUCUGACUUGAUAUAAAAAUAAAAAAUGUAACUUUUUCAUCCAAAAAUCAUGUCUGGUGACUGUCUUUUGGCACUUGGGAAUGACAUUACAUAAGUCUUUUGAAGGUCAAAGAGAAAAGAACCUCUAUGCAAAAGGCAAAAGGCAAAA